AUGCUCAGGCGUGAGCCGGACGACCAGACGUUCGAUGGACCUAGCGCUAGCGCUGCCGUCACCCUGUCUGCCGUCAUGGCCUGUGCCGUCGCUGGAGGACUCCUAGGUGGCUACGGCCUUGGAGGCGGCUAUGGCUUGGGAUAUGGUGGAGGCUACGGUGGAGGUUAUGGCUACGGCGGAGGCUACGGCGGAGGCGUCGGUGGAGCUGGCCUUGGUGGUGUAGGUAUCGGCAGCAGCGUCGCUCUUCUUAGCGGAGGGCCUCCAUUUGCCAAGGCCGUGGCUGGACCAGCCUUUGUGGUCAGGACCAUUCACCAUGUCAACAAAGUCAGCGGCGGAGGAGCCCUGCUCGCUCACUCGGGCCUCGGCGGUGGAUACGGUGGCGGCUACGGAUAUGGUGGCGGCUACGGAUAUGGUGGUGGCUACGGAUAUGGUGGUGGCUACGGCGGCGGGUAUGGAUAUGGCCUCUACGGCUACAAAGGCUAACUUUCAUCAUUACCUGCUUAGUAGUGCAAUUUUCAUCACUGAAGACGG